UCAAACAAAAAAAUCUACCACCCUCCAACCAAAGGUAGAAUUGGAAGCAAAGAGAAUGUUACAAAAGCUACAGGAGAUGCGUUCUCAAGUUGAUGGCCUACACUUAGAACUGAAAAGAAAAGAAGCCAAUUUAAACAUGUUGCAGACUCAAAAAGAGAAACUCAGCAAUGAAGUUAAUCUCUCAGAAGAUUCUUAUUUGAAGGAAAAGCAUUCUCUUGUGGAAGAAAUACUACAGAUGAAGAAGAUGAAGGAGAUCACAGACAUGGCCCUCUCUCACAAAGAAAUGGAAUUGCUACAAAGCAAACAGGAACUGGAAAGACAAGUCACGAAACUAAAGAACAAUCAGCAUAAAGUUACAGUUAUAAAGCGACAGAUUGAACAGAGAUCAGAGCAAGAGAAGAUGAUUGGGACACAAUUAGGAGAAAAGAGUCUAGAGCUAUUAAAAGUGCAAUCAGCUCUCCAGGAGAUGGAGGAAAAAUACUAUUCAAAGACAGCUACAAUGCAGGAUAAAAUUACACGUGAUUUCAGAGAUGAGAUCCGUCAUCUUCACCAACAACUCCGUGAGAAAGAGGUGAUGCGAGAGCAGGACCGCUUCCUCAGGAGUAAAAUAGCAGAUGACUGUGCUGCGAUGACCAAGGAAAAUGCUGUGCUACAUUCACAGACUCUGGAGCUUAAUAAACAAUUGGAAAGGGAGAGAAUGCUGAAAGAGGAGACAGAUAUUUGUCGUUCUUCCAGUGUCGUCCAACUGAUCACUGUAAAAGACAAAGAGGAGCAACUGCGGUAUGAAGUCAAACGACAUAAGGAACUCCUAGAAAUGGAGAAAAUAAAAUUUAAGGAAUUAAUGGAAAAGAUUCUACUUCUUGAGCAAGGGAAGACCUCGAUUGAACUGAAUGAAGCCACUGUGCGCAGUCGGAUAGCUGAGAUAAAGAGCCGAUUUUCAUGUGAUGAAGAAGAAAACCUGCAGCUCCAAAGGGACAAAGCACUUCUAGUUGACCUUAUUACUGAUUUACAGAAGCAGCUUUCAAGUAAGGAGGAAGAACUUUCUCAAAUCUACUCAGAAAUACAAUUGUUUGAACAGGACAUUUCUACUUUGAAGUCCCAGAAUGCAAUGGAUCAGAGCUUUGGCUCUGAAAAAUGGCAGCAACUUGCUAAAUCGACCAGCUCUGUGAUGGAAUUAACCGGACCAAUGAGGAGAAGCAUUAAAACAAAGACUUACUAAUGGUUGGGUCAUUACAUUCUGACUUACAGUGAAUGUCGAUGAAAUAAAUAACAAAAAACCUGUGUCUCUUAAAAAUGUCAUUGAAAACUCAUUUCUAGGGUGUAGGUUUGCUCGCUGAGCUGUAGGUUUGAUAUCCAGAUGUUUCAUUACCUGGCUAGGUAACAUCAUCAGUGGCGACCUCCACUGAUGAACCUCAGAAGAUCCAUUCCUGGAUGGGGUUCCUGGGUUUUGUGGUGAUGUCAUUUCUUGUUCAUUUUCUGAGGGGUUUAUAGAUGGCAUCUAGAUCUAUAUGUUUGUUUAUUGCAUUGUGGUUGGAGUGCCAGGCCUCGAUGAAUUCUCUGGCAUGUCUUUGCUUAGCCUGUCCCAGGAUAGAUGUGUUGUCCCAGUCAAAAUUGUGUUUUUUUUCAUCCGUGUGUAGGGCUACGAGGGAGAGAGGGUCGUGUCUUUUUGUGGCUAACUGGUGUUCGUGUAUCCUGGUGGCUAACUUUCUUCCUGUUUUUCCUAUGUAGUGUUUGUGGCAGUCC